AUGGUUGCUAUCAAGUUACAAAAAGAAGAAAACAGACAAGCCUUUUUGAAGAUCUUUCCUCAACUAGCUGAUGAAGUUCUUGCUGAACUUCGCAAGUACAACAUGCCUGAAGAUGCUUACGAAUGGACAAAAAAGAUGUUAUAUCAUAAUGUCCCUGGUGGUAAAUUGAAUCGUGGUAUCUCUGUUGUUGAUACUAUCCGUAUCUUGAAGGGAGAUACUGCCACUGAAGAUGAUAUCUUCAAGGCAACUGUAUUGGGCUGGUUAGUUGAAUUUCUCCAAGCUUUCUUCUUGAUUGCUGAUGAUAUUAUGGACGGUUCCAUCACUCGUCGUGGUCAACCCUGUUGGUAUAAGGUUGAUGGCGUCAACAUGGUCGCCAUUAACGAUUCAUUCAUCCUCGAGUCUUGUAUUUACAUCUUUUUGAAGAAGUAUUUCAAAAACACUGAAUACUACGUUGAUCUCCUUGAACUAUUCCAUGAGGUCACUUUCCAAACAGAACUUGGCCAACUCUGUGAUCUUAUUACUGCCCCCGAAGAUCACGUUGAUCUGAACAAGUUCUCUGUUGAAAAACACAAGUUCAUUGUUAUUUACAAAACCGCCUAUUACUCAUUCUACCUUCCUGUUGCUCUUGCUAUGCACAUGGCUGGAAUCAAAAAUGAAGGAGCUUACAAGCAAGCUCAGAAUAUUUUGAUCCCUCUUGGCGAAUAUUUCCAAGUUCAGGAUGAUUAUCUUGAUUGUUACGGUGCUCCAGAAGUUAUCGGAAAGAUUGGUACUGAUAUUCAAGAUAAUAAGUGCUCUUGGUUAAUCAAUCAAGCUCUUGCUUUGGCCUCGCCUGCUCAACGCAAAGUUCUUGAUGAAAACUAUGGCCGUAAAGAUGCUGAGGCGGAAGCCAAGGUAAAAGAAAUCUUCAAGGACUUGAAAUUGGAAGAUGUAUACAAGGCAUAUGAGGAAAAAUCAUUCAAGGAAUUAAGUGCUCUUGUCGAACAGCUGGAUGAAUCCACUGGUCUUAAAAAGAUGGUUUUCACUGAAUUCAUGGAUAAAAUUUACAAGCGUACCAAAUAA